ACUGCAGAUUCAAACUCGCUCGUGGUGUGUAAUCGUGCGACUUUCUGAACAUCUCGAUGUUGUAUUUCGUUUCGGAAUAGAAAGCAGAUGAUUAGACCAGGACCUUACAGAGCAACCAGGCUGUGGAAUGAAACAAUCAGGCUUUUUCGCAAGGACAUGCCUUUGCGCAGACAUUGGAUUCACUUCCGUUGUUAUAACAACAGCUUUACAGCAUCUGAAGCAGUUGAUUGGUUACAUGAGCUGCUGAAGGGCAGUCACAACUUUGGACCAGAGGUCACCCGACAUCAAACUGUACAGCUGCUAAAAAAAUUCCUGAAAAACCAUGUCAUCGAGGACAUAAAGGGACGUCACGGCAAAGAGGACUUUGAAGACAAUGGUCAGGUUUACAGGUUCCCUUCAAUAUCACCUUUUAAGAAGUUGCCACGGCAUCCUGCACAAGACGUUUUCACUCCAAAGGCCCAGCACUGCGGAGUGGAGAAGCAGCUGAUGUCACAGAGAAUGCUUCCUUUUAAGCCUCUUGUUUUGAACUCGGAAUCGUGGAAGAAAAGGCACAGUAUUGCCUUCGGAGAGCUACGCGAGUGCCAGGUGAUGAAGAGGAGAGAAAUCACGAGCAGAGAGAUGGAGCGCAUCUGGAUGUCUACAACCCUAACACGCUUACAGACAUUGUUGGGCCUGAAAUCAUUGAAUGGAGUCCUGGACACUGCAUUACUUAGCCCAAACUACAUUGUUUAUAAUGUGUACAAUAUCAACAAACUGGGCAUUGUGGUUCUAAAAGACAAAUCAGAGGACCUACCCCAGUGGGUUUUGUCUGCUAUGAAAUGCUUAGCAAACUGGCCUGAUGAUGGUCACACUAAGCAGUCCAUGUACCCUGGGUUCGAGAGGGAUAUCCUGAGGACGGUGGCAGAUUACUUUCAGGAGCUUGAUGAACCGCUUUUAACCUUCCAGUUCUAUGACGUUUUUGUCAGUAUCCUUGGUCUGAUCGAGAAACAACAGGCCACCAGCGAAGCCCUUCAGCUGUGCUGCCUCCUGCUGCCCCCAGCCAAGCGACGGCAUCUCCAGCUGCUGCUGUGCCUUAUGGUGCGUGUGUGCAAAAACCCACAGCUUCCAGCACUGAACAGCGCUGUGGGGACUCGAAUGCUGAUGCUGCAGACCUUUUCACGCUCCAUUCUUUGUUCUGCUGAUGAGAUUGACCUUGAUGAGUUGCUGGCCACCAAGCUAGUCACUUUUAUGAUGGACAAUUAUGAAGAUGUUUUUAGAGUUCCAAGCCGUUUGCAGAAGGCAGUUGAGGAGCACAUUGCACAUCUGCGAAGGGUUCAGAUUAAUUACUCAGGUGUUGAGGCCUCCCCGCUGUUGCCAUCCUCCUGUAUGUACAUUUACGAGAAGGAGCUCAGAGAGCAGAAGCCACAUGGUUCACAGGAUCCCUGUCUAGAGCGUCUCGAUGGAAUCAUUGCAGACAAGGAGCUCACAGCCAAGCAAAAGAAGAAGAAGUUAAAGCAUUUCCAGAGGUCAUACCCAGAGACGUUCAAAAGACGGUUCCCUACAGCAGAAAGUGAAGCAGAGGCGACAGCCCCCCUCCUCCGGCGGCCUCAGCUGAGGAUCGUCACUCUGAAGAAGCCCUUUCAGAGAAGCUGGAGCUUCAGAGCUUGAUGCUUCCUGAAAAGGCCACACGCAGUGACAGAAAUAAGAACGGAUUCCAGACAUGAGCAGAAUUAAUGUUUACAGAAAUAAGCAGUCUGGUGGUAAUGUUUUUAAAAACAUACCUCUUGUCCUGAUAGAACUGUAAAUGAAAUUCAAUCAAUUCUGGCAAGUUUUAGUUUUUUUCUAUCCAUAGAAAUCACAAGACAUUUCACAUUUUCCCCGGUGAUGCUCUACCAGUGAACUGGUUCUACUGGCAGCUAAGCACAUAUAAGCCAUAACUGACAGAUGAGCUGCUGUUCCACUUUCUUCUUUCCAUCACUCAUACAUGUUUUUUUUCUCAUCUACCAUACUGUAGCACUUUGUUCCAGAACUCUACAGCCAACCAAGUGUAUGAUUCUUAUCAGGGGUCUGUAUCUUAUGGUGAAUCUUCAUGUCUUCUCUGUAUGGUAGUCUUUGAAACGUGUACACCUACAUCAUAGAUACCUUUGGAUCUGUUGAUUAUUUAAGGAGAUUUCCUUGACUUCUAUAAGUAUUAUUCGGUCAUCUGCUUAGAGUGAUCUUCCUAGGACUGACAGGUCAUUUGCAGUUUCACCAAGUUCACUAAUCUUGCUGCUUCACCAUGUACCAGAAGUUCCAUAUAAUAUUGAUAUAAGUUUGCUAAAUCUGCUGCGGCUUGGCACUUUAAUAUCAGCCUUUGAGUCAAUUCAAAUGAUUCCAUUUCAAAUGAUUCUUGUGUGGUGGUUUCCCAAGUGGUCCUGGUUUAGUGAUUCUUGCACCAUUAUUCAUCCUUGUGCACUGGUCUAGGAUCUCAGCCCUUCCACAAAUUCCAGCUUUGUGAAGUUCACCCUGUAGUUGUUGAGACUUGUAGAGAUGCUCAUUCAGUGCUGUGGUAUUUUUAAGAGUACUUUAUGGUAUUUAGCAAUUAUUUUGUGUUUCUCCAUCUCCUGUCUCUGGAACCAGACUUACAACCAAUGUCCAUUUGUGGAAUGGUUCAGCAUAUCCUGUCAUGAUUUUUGAGACUAUUCCUCUUGACACAAUUUUCCGAUUUUUGUGACUAAUGCUUGUAAAAUUUGGGUACCAACUCCCUAUAGUCUCUUUGUAACUGCAAGCAGCCUCAUGUUGCUUUUCACAUAUCAAAGUGCUAAUGGUCAGACCUUUUAGAGCUGACUCAUACUGAUAAUUGGCAUCUAGCCUGUGGGACACCUUUACAGUUGCAUUUAUCAUUAUGAUUGUAGUAGUCCUUUUUCAUACAUUGUUUCUGUUUUUCUGUUUUGUCCACACUGUGUGUAUCUAUGCUUUCAGUGUCUGAUAGUUUUAGAUGAUUCAUUUUUUGUUUUCUUUUUU